UGGCCAAUAUUGACCCGGAGUUCCCCCCACGCCUUUUGACAUCGCAUUUGGCAGCGAGAGAUUGGCAAGCAAGGCGCAAAUCCUAUACAUUUUCAUUUCUCCCUUCCUUGCCUCUCUUCCUCCUCUGUCUCUCUCGCCAAACAACAAUGGAUUCCUCUAGGCAGUCUCUCAUCCCCGACUUCCUCUACUCCUCUUCCUCACCGAGAUCCCUGUCGCUGUUUCAAAUGCUCAGCGCUAACCCUAACGCUGCUUUCGCAUCAUCAAACGCGGAAUCAGCCGCGAAAUCGCCGGCUCCGGCUUCAUCCGCGGUGUUCCAGAGGAAAACCUUCGUGAUUGCCUCUCCCAGCGAGCCUGGGAAGAGGAUCGAGAUGUACUCGCCAGCAUUCUAUGCCGCGUGUACCGCUGGUGGAAUCCUCAGCUGCGGUCUUACUCACAUGGCCGUCACUCCCCUUGACCUUGUCAAGUGUAAUAUGCAGAUUGACCCUUCGAAGUACAAGAGUAUCUCAUCUGGGUUUGGAGUUCUUCUCAAGGAACAGGGAUUUAGAGGUUUCUUCCGUGGUUGGGUACCUACUCUAUUGGGUUACAGUGCCCAGGGUGCUUGCAAGUUCGGAUUCUAUGAGUUUUUCAAGAAGUACUAUUCUGACCUGGCUGGCCCCGAGUAUUUUGCUAAGUACAAGACAUUGAUCUAUCUUGCUGGCUCUGCAUCUGCUGAGGUGAUUGCUGAUGUUGCACUUUGCCCCUUUGAAGCAGUGAAGGUCCGUGUUCAAACGCAGCCUGGUUUUGCUAGAGGGAUGUCUGAUGGAUUUCCCAAGUUUGUCAAAUCUGAAGGAGUUUCUGGGUUGUACAAGGGGAUUGUUCCACUGUGGGGACGUCAAAUACCAUAUACAAUGAUGAAGUUUGCGUCUUUUGAGACCAUAGUCGAGAUGAUCUAUAAGUAUGCCAUUCCAACCCCGAAGGACCAGUGCAGCAAAUCUUUGCAGCUUGGGAUCAGUUUUGCUGGCGGUUACGUUGCUGGUGUUUUCUGUGCUAUUGUUUCUCACCCUGCUGAUAAUCUUGUCUCUUUCCUCAACAAUGCAAAAGGGGCAACUGUUGGCGAUGCUGUGAAGAAGCUUGGUUUGUGGGGACUGUUCACCCGUGGACUUCCACUCCGAAUUGUCAUGAUUGGAACAUUAACUGGGGCUCAAUGGGGAAUUUAUGAUGCAUUCAAAGUUUUUGUUGGACUGCCAACCACCGGAGGUGUUGCCCCUGCUGCCCCUGCUGCAACAGUGAUAGCAAAGGCAUAGAGCUUCUGAUGAUCAAUCUACAGAGUAUUGGCUAUUUUUGGGAGCUGGAGAAAGAUGUGAUAGGGAUUAAUAAACAUAGGAUUGCUUUCUGGUGCUGGAUGGUUUUCUACAUCCAGUAAAGAUUUAUUAUUGUUAUUAUUAUUAUUUGUUCUUCCUACUUUCAAGAAAGGAAGGAUCGUUCUGUCAUUUUGACUAUUUUGGCGGGAAGGAUGGUUUUGUUCUCAUCCUUCUUAUAUGUGGAAACAUUUUGUAGUUAGAUUGUGUUUUUGAUAUGUUUCAUUUUCGAUUUAAACUCAGGAUAUAUUAUGCCCCUUGGAGUAGAAAUAGGCAACAGAAAAAUAAUGGGGGAAUACACUUCAGUUCUGGUCCACAAUUUUCGAUUUACUUUGUUGACUGUGCCAAGGGCGUGGAAA